UGUUGUUUUCUGAAUUUAUGGGUUCUUACAAGGUUGAUAGAGAAGUCAAGCUUAUGAGGAAGUAUUAUCAUAACAUUACUUCAAACACUUUAUUGAUUGUGAAAGCAAUGGCAAAACAUGGCAUUAAGACCUUAAUCUAUUCGAGUACCUGCGCGACUUAUGGGGAGCCUGAAAAAAUGCCGAUCACAGAACAAACUCCUCAACUGCCGAUCAAUCCGUACGGAAAAGCCAAGAAAAUGGCUGAAGACGUUAUAUUGGACUUCUCCAAGACAUCAGACAUGGCAGUCAUGAUCUUAAGGUACUUUAACGUGAUUGGAUCCGACCCUGAAGGAAGGCUCGGUGAGGCCCCACGACCCGAGCUUCGCGAACAAGGGAGAAUCUCGGGCGCUUGUUUUGAUGCAGCCAGAGGAAUAAUUCCCGGACUAAAAAUCAGAGGAGUUGAUUACAACACUCCAGAUGGAACUUGUGUGCGAGAUUACAUUGAUGUGACCGAUCUAAUUGAUGCGCACGUUAAAGCUCUAGCCCGAGCCCAGCCCAGAAAAGUCGGUAUCUACAAUGUCGGCACAGGAAAAGGUAGCUCGGUAAAAGAAUUUGUUGAGGCAUGUAAGAAGGCAACCGGAGAAAACAUAAAAGUCGAAUACCUUAGUCGAAGGCCGGGAGAUUAUGCAGAGGUUUAUAGUGAUCCUUCGAAGAUUUGGAACGAACUCAACUGGAAAGCAAAAUAUACAAACCUUGAAGAGAGCUUGGCUGUUGCAUGGAGAUGGCAAAAGGCGCAUAGAAACGGUUACGAUAGU